UGAUAUAUAAUAAAAUAUGACAAAAAUAUGCAAAGAAACGAAAAAUCGCAUUUGCUGAAUGUUGCACAAUACUCGACUUGAGAGCGCGUCUUGGCUUAGUUGCAAAAAACGAAUGUAUACAUGUCAUUUCUUACGGUACUAAAAUAAAAUAAGUGUUUCAGUAUCGUUAACGGAGCGUGUACAUCAAGUUCCUGUGAUUUUCGUUCUCGUAACAAAGAUAUGUAUUAUAUGAUAUCUGAAUAACUGUUAAUCAAAAUUUUAAUUGCAUCUCAAAAAAUAAUUAAAAUAUACUAGUAACAAAAGUUGGAUUAAGUGGAAUUUUAACACAGCAAUAGCAAUGUCUUUAAGUGGAACUGAUAUAAAAGCAGAGUCACAAUGAUAAUUGAGACUAUUCGUACAGUUUAAUCCUAACAGUGCACAUCAAGUUCGGAGAUUCGUGCAAAAAAAAUCAUAACGAUGGCCUGGCUGAAAAUCUUAUUUUACAGUUUAUGUACUAUAAUAGUUGUUAUUGCACAAUAUACAGACGACUCCGAGUACGAUUUUGAUUUUUACAAAGAUUUAUCGACGGAUCGCUCGAAAAAUUUCGAUAAUGAAUACAAUGAUGCGCAAGAUAAUUUUUACAUUGCAAACGGUUUCGAUGACACAGAAAAUCAAGAUGGCUCAUAUUCCGAUUCAAAUUUUGCCUUAGAGAACAGCAUCAGUUCCUUUAAAAAGGAUCCCCACGAUAAGCAGUUUGAUUGGUACAAAUUGCCCAAGAAAGUUUACAGUUAUACCAAAUACCGAAUUCCCGGGUACGACUAUGACGAAUUCGAUUACAUGCGUUCUAGAGAUAUUUCGGAGUGCGACGAUAAAUCAGUGUGGACGCAUUGUCUAUGCCAAUUUACGUGCUCGAAACCAGACGUUGUAGACUGCUACACUCCAUGUAGAAGCGGAUGCGAAUGCAAGGAGGAGUAUGUUUUCGACGAGAAAGCACAGAGAUGUCUAUUACCCGAAGAAUGUUCGGAAGAAGACAAUUAUAAUUACUAGACAUAAUGUCAACAUGUAUGUUAUCAUCUUCGCGCGCUCUUUAUCAACAAUCUUCGUGAAACCACUCUUUUUCGCGUUCGUGGGAAUCAAUUGAUAGCAAUUUAUUGUUUUUCUCACUGAAUUUUAUGAAAAUAAGAUUGAUCUCGGU